AUGAUUACUGAGAAUGGAGCUGUUAUGUUUGAAUUGGAUGUUGUUGGGUAUCCCGAGCCGAAAGUAGAAUUCUUCCUAAAGGGCCGUCCUUUAAUUGACGGAGUUGGAGGAGUAGAAAUUCGACAGCUUGAGGGCAAUUAUCGCCUCACAAUCCCUGAUUGUAAAAUUGACUCACACGAUGGAGAGUUGCUCUGCCGGGCGCAAAACGACCACGGGCAGGCAGAAAGUCGUGCCAGAUUAACUGUUGAACCUGAGGAGGAAGAAAGCAGGAGUGCUCCUACUUUUGUUAAGGAACUUGAAGAUCAGGCGAGCUUUUAUCUUGGAAAACCUCUACGAACCUUAUAUUUUAGACAGUUAAACACGGUGAACACGCUAUAUUUGAAGCAAUUGCCCGUGGUUCUCCUCUCCCUGUUCUCAGUUGGUUCAUCAACGGCAAUAAAUUGGAUGCUCAAACUCAAGGAAGCUGAGAAUGCCAUUGGACGUUUCGAAACAAAAGCUAGAUUAAUUGUUCUACCCCCGGAACGACGAAAACAACCACCUGUUUUUCGCAAACCACUUACUGAUAAAACAGAAAAUGAAGGGGAUUCUGUUGUUUUUGAAGUUUGUGUUGAUCCUGAAUCUUUGGUUAAUAAAUUUAUUUGGCGCUUGAAUGGGGUUGAAUUGAAUAAUGGUGAUAGAGAAGGGAGAAUAAUUUUGAGCCAGGCUGAUGGAGGAAUUGGACGUUUGGAACUCAAUAAAUGCCGUUUGGAGGAUUCUGGCAUUAUUGAGUGUGUUGCUGUUAAUACUGAGGGCGAAACUUCCACCUCUUCCAAAUUUAGUGUUACUGUAGGACCGCCGACAAAGAAAGGUCGUUUUGAUGGGGGUGAGGAAGAAUCUGAAGCUAGUAGUUUGAUAACUAAAGUUGAGAAUAUCCCUCCUGUUACUAUUGUUGUUGGUGAUCAGAAGGUUUUGGCGACAGAAGGAGAACCAAUGGAAGUUCAAUUUUAUGGCGGGUUAAAGCCUACAUUUACCAAAGGACUUGAAGGAGCUGUUUUAGAAUGCCGCCCCUGUGAUAAUCUAAUUGCUGAGGUUGAGGUGUCUGAUGCACAAACAAUUAAAUGGUUUAAGAAUAAUAUCCCUCUUGAGGAUGGAAAAGAAGGAAUUCGUAUAGAACAAUCGCCUGGUCGUAGCCGACUUAUCAUUCCAAAUAUUCAAAUAGGCCAAAAUGGACAAUUAAAAGUCGAGGCAGAAAAUGAGAAUGGAAAGUCUGAGAGUAAUGGACAAGUUAGAAUAUUAGUUGAGAAUGGUCAAGGCUCAACAGCUAACGUGCCAGUACAAAUACGGAAGCCCUUAACAGAUAUAACGGUAAUAGAGAAUGACACUGCCGAGUUUCGCGCAUCAGUCAUUGGCACUCCAACACCUAAUAUUCGUUGGCUCCUCAAUGGUACUCCAGUUGAAGGAGGAGAUGAGAAUAUUCAAAUAACCAGUCGUCAAACUGGAGACCAAACUGAACACACCCUUCGAAUACCAAGAACAACUAUUUCUGCCCAUAAUGGAGCUAGAGUUGUCUUACGAGCUACUCAAGAUGGACAAGGGGAUGGAGUACAAUCCGAGGCUAAUAUCCACGUUCAUGCACGAGUUCCUGGCCCUCCAUACUUUAGUAGACAACCCCAGGAUCAUGAUGUUUAUGAUGAUGUAGAAUCAGUUAAAUUUAGUGCUAUUGUGCAUGGAGAGCCUGUUCCGACUGUGACUUGGUCCUUGAGAGGACAAGUUCUCACUGCCAGUGAUCAACUACGAAUAAGGCAUGACACUAGUACUGGAAAAACUUCAAUCAGAAUAUUCCACCCUCGCGCCGAUACACACACUGGUGAAAUACGCGUUCUUGCUGAAAAUAUUCAUGGGGCUACUGAAGCUUUCGCAAAUUUGUUGGUUCAACCAAAGGCUGAUCUGCCUCGUUUUCUUACAGAUAUGGAUGAUAAACUAGUCCCUGAAGGGGCAGAUAUAAAAUUUAUUGUUCGUAUUGAAGAAACUGUGCCUCCAGCUGAGGUGCAAUGGACUUUAAAUGGGAAACCGUUGAGUGACGGGGACAAUAUUCGAAUAACCAAAGAAGGCAAUAAUCACAUUCUCGAAAUUACUAACGUUAAAAAAGAACAAGCAGGAGAGUGUGCAUGUAUUGCAAAAAAUUCUGCUGGAACUAAGCGUCAGAAUUCACAAUUGACUGUUAAAGAAGUUGGAGUACCCCCUACAUUUGCCCGAAAUUUGGAAGAUCGCCUUAUGGAUGAUCAACAAACAUUGGUUUUAGAAGCCCAAUUGGCCUCGGGUGUCAGACCCGAACCAACAGUUAAAUGGUUCCGGGAUGGUGUUGAAUUACAAUCUAGUGAACGGGUUAAACUUGUUGAGGAAGGAGAUAUUGACCAUAGGGUUUACAGAAUGACGUGA